GAGCUCCUUCAAACCUGCCACACCUCUUCAGCUUCUCUCCAGUCAAAGUGAGAACACCGGUCGAGUGAGAAUGGCAAACAGACAAGCAUGCCUCUCUGCAGCUCUCAGCUCCCUCCUCAUUGUUGCCAGCUUCAUCUGCGGCUCUGAGUCCGCGAGCUGCUGCAUGAGAUACACCAGGGGGAAGAUCCCCUGCAAGGCGCUGACGGGCUACAACAUUCAGACCAUCAAUGGCUCCUGUGACAUCAGUGCCAUCAUCUUCCACCUCGGCGGCAGGUUCGUGUGUGCUGACCCUUUGAAAGCUUGGACCUUGAGAGCAAUGAAGUGUGUAGAUGAAAAGAGGAGGAAGGUUGAACGGAUCCUGGAAGAGAGAAACUAAGAAACUAAGCUCUACAGCCUGGAGCUAAAACUGCUGAAGAAAAUGAGAGAAAUUGUUUUUAAGCUUCUCUUUAUGUUUCCCUGAAGGGUAAUGCUGAUUAAAGGGAAGAUUGU